AUGAAACAGGAAGCUGUACCAUUUCCAGAUGAUAAUUUGUCGUCAUUGGACGAUCUUGAAUAUGCAAAAGUGAAAGUAACGGGUGAAUUUCUUCAUGACCAUGAAUUUUAUGUGCAACCAAGGCAACGAUUUGAUAAAGAGGAAAAGAAAUCGAAAAUUCGACCUGCAGUAAAUAAUUUUGGUAGCCCUGGUGCACAAGUUAUCACUCCGUUUAAACUUCAUCCAUCGGGAUCAUUCUGGUUAAUCGCGGAUGGGUUUCUCCGCAAAAAAUCAUUCCUUCAAGUCGAACUGAAGGACAAGUGCAAGGACAAGUUACCUUUGAUGCAGUAUAGUCGUCAUACCGAAAAGAGGCCGUCCUUUAUUCGGCGAAAUGAUCCUGACAAUGACCUUUGGUUUUAUACAGAUGUUGAACAAAUGGCAGAAAAACACGGCACAUUACCCGUUCUUGUUGAUGCAUGUUAUGAAUCUAGUAUUCGAGGUGGUCCAAUCGGAGGUCAGACACGAGUAAGCCACAGAAAUGAUCAUAUGAUGUAUGCUUGUUUCUGGUUUUCAAUUGGAGCGGCAACUUUGUUUGGAUGGUUUCUUUAA